GAGGAACGGCUUAAAAUGACUAAAACUUUCUGUACCUAAUCCUCAAGACAAUUGAAAAAAAAAUGAAGAUCUCCCACCUAAGCUGCAAAUAAAAAUAUUUGGAGUUGUCCAAAUUAUUAAAAGUUCUUCAAAGAUAGGAGGCGCAAGGGAGAGGGCUGCAAGCAGGAAGGGGAGAAGGAAUGAGAGAAGAGGGAAGGAAGGAAGCAGGAGAAGACGGGAGGCUGGGAAGGGGAAGCUCAGCUGGAGAAGAAACUCUGCCCUUUUCCACGAGUCGGGGGAGCUGAGCAGAGCGCAUCACGAUGGCAUCACGAAGCUAUCUCAGAUCUGUGGAGAAAAUGCCCUUUAGAGCAGAAGGAUCUUCAGUUCUCCUGUGCUAGGACGUCUUCUUGCCCUUUCUUUCCUCCUAGGCUUGGACGCCAUGACAACGGUCCGCUGACCCAGCAAACACAACCCCCUGCAGAUCUCGCUGGCGGCUGGUGGAAGGGAGCGGCUGUUUUGGCUGUUGGAGAUGCGAAGAGCCCCCCAGCCAGCUCUUCCCUGUGGCAGCGAGAGCCUGCAGCGCAGCUGGGAGAAAGCCUACCAGGAUCACAGGAGAAAGCUGGAGGAGGCGCGGCUUGCCACCAUCGACAGGGACAACCGCCUGCUGCUGGAGAAGCUGUCCUGCGUCAUGAGGACCGGGGGACGGACCGAGAGCGGAAACCACCACGCGCACAAGAGGACAGGAUCCUGCAGGGAGAGCCCCCCACCUGCUGCCUGGAUUCUCUUUGAAAAACGCAAGUCCCAGCCAGCCUGCAGGUCACCCCACACCAUCGAGUGGCUUCCCCCUCCUCCUCCUCGCCUGCCUGAUAUGUCACACUCAGGAAAUGGGGGAAGAAGGAGGGAAAAGAGGGAGCAGAAGUGAUCCCGGGGAGGGGCCAGCCAGUCAGAGGGCACAGGAAGUGCCUGAGCUUGAACAAGGGGCCAGACAGGGCCAGACUUCCGGAAACAUAAAAGGGAUGUGAGGGCCAGAGGGGGCUGCGAGGCCAACCAGCUCCUCCCACACCAGGACACCGUCUUCACAGGCCCUGCAAGUGACAUGCCACCUCCUUCACCUGCUUGGAUUUUAAAGCAAAGACCAGCUUGUGCCUUUCUAUGCACUUCUCUUUGUUCAACUCUGGGCCAUAUGUCGAGAACAGAGUGUGGUCACUUUGCAUGUUCAGACUCAGGAUCAGUUCAGCAUCACUCCUGUGUUGAAGCAGAGAGCACCGAGCUAAUCACAAGGUAACAGUAGAAAUGACAUGUCUCCUUGUGAUUAGUGUAACGAAGCCCCAGCAAGAAUGGAAGUCAAUGAUUUUUGUCAAGAAUGCAUCAGUGGGGACGCGGGGUGGGGGGGCACCUGGGUGGCUCAGUGGGUUAAGCAACUGCCUUCGGCUCAGGUCAUGAUCCUGGAGUCCUGGGAUCGAGCCCCACCUCAGGCUCCCUGCUCAGCGGGGGGUCUGCUUCUCUCGCUGACCUCUCUCCUCUCAUGCUCUCUCUCUCUCUCUCAAAAAAUAAAUAAAUAAAAUAAAAUACGUUUUAAAAAAUACAUAA